AACAUAAACCAUGAAGUCCCCUUCAGUCUCUACCCACAGAAUACUUGUUCACUGGCAAGGCUUCCUGCUGGUUGUCUCAAUCUUAACCUUCUGGAGCCUGCCCACCAUAGCCCAACUUGGUAUUGUGUCGACCUGUUGUACCAAAGGGGAGGAUGUGGUUCUGCGUAUCCGCAAUAAGCCUCCUGAGGCUAUAGCUUAUGUGUGGUACAAGGGGAAAGGCAUGGAUAAAAAUAGCGUAAUUGCAUUUUUUAUUAAGACAUUAAGUUUCCACUUAAGUGGUCCUGAAAACAAUGGAGAAAAGAUGAUAACCAAUGAUGGAUCCUUGCUAUUAAAGAAGGUCAUCAUGAUGGACUCAGGAAUAUACACCGUAGUGGCCCACUUUCCAGAUUCAAAACCAGAAAUAGGAUUUGGGCAACUUGAUGUAUAUGAGCAUCUGAGAGUGCCCAUGCUCAUAGCCAGCAGCUAUGGAGUCAGAGAGAAUGAAGAUGAUGUGGACUUGACCUGCUAUACAAAUGGACUCUCUGUCAAGUGGCUCUUCAAUGGCACAGAUCUGAAGUUCACUGACAGAGUGAAGCUGAAGGCAGAUGGCAGAAGAAUCACCUUAAACCCACUAAAGAGGGAAGAUACUGGGGACUACAAGUGUAAAGCAUCAAAAGCUAUCACCUCGGUUGAAAGCCCACCCCUUGAACUGCAUGUGUUAUAUUAG